GGUUGUCAAGGCGCUGUUAGUGUCUGACUUGUCCUUCUUGGGACUAGACUGCUCUGUUAUUUGUCGGACUGAGCUUUUUUCCCCCCUUCAUUACUCAGUUGGAUUUCUAUCGUGUUCUUGUCAGUGACGGACUGCCAACAACUAAUCUGCUAGCACAGUUCACACAAGGUAACCCUGCCCGUCUCCACACAGUGACUCCACACUGCCUGGCGGACUGAUAAGAUACAAAAAGUGACAGGGACUGAAAAGUCAAAGGAAGAAACCAUCUUUCUAGAGGAGCCAGAGGGAGAGACGAGCACAUGAGGAGCAGAAACGUCUCGCCAUCAACAUCCUGACGAGUAACCUUGCUUCCGCACCCCACCACACGCCCGCCAACUCCAGAAGUGGGCGUCAGCAGGAAGGAAACAAGUGACCACUACUCCUGCAGGCAUGAGGUCCUUCCGUUCCUUCAGCAACGACGACCGCCACGUCAUGGCGAAGCACUCCAGCAUCUACCCCUCCUCGCAGGAGCUGGAGGCCGUCCAGACACUGGUGUCCACCGUCGAGUGCGCGCUCAAGCAGGUCGCCGAUUGGCUGGAUCAGAACGGCGGCGAUGCCCCCGACAGCAACUCGGACAGCCAACCAGCAGACGCCACAGAGGAGGACGACCCCGGGGAGGAGACCGGGGAAGGAGCGGAGGAACCCAGUGAGGGAUACAACAGGGAGUCCGGCGGAGGCGGCUUGCUCUGUGGAGUGAUGAGGGUCGGUCUGGUGGCAAAAGGACUCCUGAUCAAAGGCGACAUGGACCUGGAGCUGGUGCUGAUGUGCAGAGACAAACCCACACAGACACUGCUGGACACUGUCUGUCACAAUUUACCCACACAGAUCCAGAAGCUGACAGAGGAGAAAUACGAGGUCACAAGCUCCUUGCCUGAGGCAGCCAUCCUGGUACAAACUACAACAGAUCCAAAGCUUAAGCUGAUGAUCACGCUCACCUCACCAGCCAUGAGGGAAGACGAAGAGCUAGAGGAGGAGGAGGAAGAGGAGGAAGAACAGGAGGAGGAGGAAGGAGAAGAAGAGGAGCUGGAGAAUGGGGGAGAUGGAGAGGAGGUGGUGGAGCAAGCAGAGGUAGAGGCUGUAGAGGACGAGCAGGAAAAGGAAAACGGUGAAGUGCUGGGUGCUGCUGCGCACACAGUGGAGGCUGAGGAGGAGGGGGAGGUGCUGGAUAGACACAGAUGUCUGUUGGCCCUGGCAGCGCUGCGACACGCCAAAUGGUUUCAGGCUCGAGUGAACGGACUUAAGUCCUGUGUUAUCGUUCUCAGGAUACUAAGAGACAUGUGCAAUAGACACCCCAUUUGGGAACCUCUCAAAGGAUGGCCAUUAGAACUCAUUUGCGAGAAGGCCAUCGCGACUUGCAACAGACCUCUUGGGGCAGGAGAAGCCUUGCGUCGAGUCAUGGAGUGUCUGGCUUCAGGCAUACUGCUCCCAGGGGGUCCGGGUUUACAUGACCCUUGUGAGAAAGAGCCCACAGACACUCUUGCCAACAUGACAGACCAGGAGGCCGAGGCCAUCACCUGCGGAGCACAGCAUGCUCUCAGACUCAUGGCAUUUGGACAGAUCUACAAGGUGUUAGAGAUGGAGCCUCUUCCCUCAAAUAAACCAUCACAGAAAUAUCCUUGGUCUGAUAAAGAAGGUUUAGGGCUAAAGAGGCCAUAUGAAGAUGGAACAAUGGAUGACAAGGACCUAAUUAAGAAGAUGAAGAGGAACCUUAGAAAAGUCCUCGACAGCAAAGCCAUAGACUCCAACCAGCCAAUGAACGCCCUGAUGCGCUUGAACCAGAUCCGACCAGGGCUGCAGUACCGCCUGCUGUCCCAGUCGGGGCCGGUUCACGCCCCGGUCUUCACCAUGUCCGUGGAUGUGGACGGAACCGUCUACGAAGCGUCCGGAUCCUCCAAGAAGACAGCCAAGCUCCAUGUUGCUGUCAAGGUUCUCCAGGCGAUGGGUUACCCGACAGGUUUCGACUCGGAUCUGGACCCCAUGAGCUCAGAUGAGAAGUCUGACGGCGAGGGGAAGAGUGAGACGUCUUCACACUCCAGCAAUAACCCGACUCACUCCUCAGACGGCUCCAACACGCUGGAGGUACGAACUCAGGGUCCCAUCCUAACGGCCAGCGGGAAGAAUCCCGUGAUGGAGCUAAACGAGAAGCGGCGAGGCCUCAAAUACGAGCUCAUCUCCGAGAGCGGAGGCAGCCACGACAAACGCUUCGUCAUGGAGGUGGAGGUCGAUGGGCAGAAGUUUCGUGGGGCGGGCCCCAACAAAAAAGUAGCAAAGGCCAGCGCUGCUCUGGCAGCCCUGGAAAAACUCUUCUCGGGUCCCAACGCGGCUGCGAACAAGAAGAAAAAGAUCCUGCCACCGACAUGGUUUCCUCCGCGUAUUGAUUUGCAGACCAAAGGAGCACUGGCAGCGGCGGCAGCGGCCUCAGCAGUAGCAGCACAGGUAGCAAGAGGAAGAGGAAGAGCAGCGCUGGCGAGAGGAGCCUUCGUCAGCGCUGCUGCACCUGGAUACGUCACACCGGGCUUCGGCACGCCGUACGGCUACAGCCCCGCUGCAGCAGCUGCUCCUGCAUACGGUGGUCUGUUCAUUGACAAUCCUUUCUACCAGCCGCGUACCAUCGCUCCUUUUAUCAUUCACCUCGGUCCGCAGGAUCUCUUCUCUGACUUCUAAAGCCAGGAAGCUGUUGGGUGCACUCUUCACACUUUUUUUUUUUUUUUUUCUGUCUCUCUACCCACUGGACACCUGGCUGCGCACUCGUCCACCUGUUUGUCUGUCGGUCGGUCUGAGCAAGGUCGCCUUUUAUUCUGUCCUGGCGGAUGGCGCGACUCGCUCACGGACUCGGAGCAGUUUCAGUUCAAUCAGAGAAACGAUCCUACCUGCUGACUGAGAGCCGCUGGUUUUUAUUUCCCUCUCCGCCCAGAUUAUCCUCCUCAGAGGAGAGCAAAUUUUACGCAAAGCAAUACUCGGAUUUUACGAGAAACGUGCAAGAAUAGGCUGAACUUUGGUCUUUUCGUAUAGCAAUACACCCGAACUCGUCUCUUUAAGCUACUUGAGAAGAUGUGAAUGUCCCACAGAGGUUUACUCAACACAGCAUUGCAAUAGCUGAUUCUGAUUGUAUAUCCAGUGUGUGUGUGUGUGUGUGUGUAUAUGUGUGAUUAUAACAGGACUAUAUACACAUGUACCUAUGGUGUAUUUCUAUAACAAUGUGUUGAUGAUGAUAACAUUAAUAUAUAAUGAUGUACCUAUGUAAAUACUCUAUAAAGUCUAAUUAUUGUUAUAAAAUAUUUUAGAAUUAUAAAGUGAAAUGUAACUGUAAUAUCACAGCAUAGCUUUCUUCCAGUUUUAUAUACACUGAGCAACUGAAGCUAGUUCUAGAAAAUGCAAUAUUAUCUUUGGUAUUCCUAUUAUCUUGUGCUAGUAGAAUAUUAAUGCUUCCUACUCUCCUUCCUUCCUUCCUCCUUUCCUCUGUCUUUGAUGUCUAUCUGAGCCUUUCUGAGCGCGCUCUUUGGCGCCCGCGGUGUGUUUACACGGCCCCCGGACCAGAGGCGCGCCCUGCUGUACACACAACUCUAAACCACAGUUUUUGCCUGUCAGAAAGCACAUUUUCUAUAGUCUCACUGCUGGCAGGGAACACCGUUGUUACAAGCACUCUUUGUAUGUGUGUUUUAAUGUAUGUGUUUGCUCUAAUGUGCGCGCUCCUCCCCCCCCCCCGCCGCCAUUCAUGGACACGCAACUAUCAACACCCAGAACAAUCAUGAGCUCCGUCUCGCUCGCCUUAUAGGGUCCAAAAGCACAGCUGGCUUCACACACACUCUUCAGUUGUCAUCAUUGCAGCGCUUCCCUGUUGGCUGGCGGUGAUGCAGAAAAAGGUCCACUGAGCAUAAAGCACAAGCUACUGACAGACUAAUCACAGAUAUAGAAAAAUGGAAAUAUUCAAAGAGAAUGGGAGGCAAUAUUUGGCCAUUUCUGUGUGACGGGAGAUUCAAGCCCAAUUCUAUCUCUUCUGUAGUCCUGUUCCCUUACCUUACCAUGUAGGUAUUGAAAUAAUAUGUUGUACUCGCCGUCGGAAGUAAAAAAAAAUUUAAAAAGGAAGGAAAAUUACAAAAGUUAUAGUAAAAUUGAUCCAGAACGCAGAGUUUUCUGAAGUGGGAUUCUGUGGAGUUAUCAGUAGUCAGUAUCUGUCUGCAGGCAGAAUCAGAGAGCGAUUUCCAUUAACGAUUCAAGUCUCAGUUCGAGCGAGACCAAAUGUCACGGAUGUUUCCUCUGCAUUACUUUAGCAUGAUGUUCAAACAGACCGGAUACGCUUAACGUGUUUAGCAGCAUGGGUUUCACGCCGUCGUCAUAAUUGUCUGGACAUCCAAACUUUGAUCGACUUCCUCUAUGGGUUUGGUGGUUUGAGCUCUUACUUGGUGGGUAAAAGUUUCAAAUCUUGCUCAGGACCUCACCAAGGGAAGUUUGCAUGUUUUUUAAGGUACUCCCCCCUCCGGUAAUGGUCUGUAACUGUACAUGCUGCGUUGACUGGCAGCUGUAACUGAGGUGCAUGUUUGAAUGCCUCGCUUUUCUCUGUUCUGGCUCUUUGUCGAAGUGGCAGCAGGACAUCCUCCCUCCCACCCACUGAGUGUGAAUCACAUAUUCAUUUGAAGUGGCUUGAGUUGUUUAUGAUUAGCAAAGCAAGCCUGAUCUGCUCUUAGGUGCCGGUGAGAAUCCCUCAAAUUCACAAACCGAUAUUUUCUGAUGGCUCUCUACCCCAAAUAGAAUAUUGACUACUAAUAACUAUUCUACAAAGCCCCAAUUUAAAAACAGAACUGCUUAGCUCUCCUUUUAAGAUGUUUUUUAUUCGAAAAUAGUAAAAGUUUAAGUAGGAUCUCUGCGUAUUCAGUUAUAUUUUAUCAAAAGUGGUCAUUUGAAUAAAUUGGCCGUACCAGAUCCUGAGUAUUUUAUAGAUUAAAAUCAUAGGUUAUUUUUGGUAGAUAUUACUGUAUUCUGAAUUGGCGAACUCUGCAACUGGCAACUUAGUGGCGUUGCAUCUUUCUCAGAGCUCUUCGUCCCGAUUGUUUAUUUUUUUUUCUUGUCUUUAACCGAAACCAGACGUCAGUCAGCACAGGAAAAAAAUGGAAGGGAACGGGCUUCAGAUGGCUUUGAAUCUCUUUUCGCUCACUCUGAACUGGGCACCACUUUGAUUUAUGGAGCUUAACUUUAUCAGGAAGGACAUCUGAGGAAAAAGUCGAUGAAAGCCUUGAAAUAAAUUUUUCAAGACAGUAGGCCAAAUAAGAGCUGGACUUUGUAAUGAAUUGAGUUCAUAAAGGUAUCAGAGGCACAAUGUAGAUACCGACACUUAAUGGGAGAGCACGAUCUGCUGAAUAAUAACUGAUAAUGUUUGAGAUAACCAUAUUCAAAGGUCCGCUUUAGUGCUGUAGUGCUGCCUUGGUCUUAUGGGAACUUAACAUGCCUGCUAUAACACUUGGCUGUGUUAAAACAGACCUUCUCUGUCUGCUUAGUUAUUUUUUUUUCUUUACAGUCCCCUCUCUCUGCCCCUGCUCUCCGCCCCAGAUGGCCCUCAUUAAUAAGGCAGACAGUCAUACCUCAGUGAGCAACCUUUUCAUUUCCCCUCGGACUGAACAGACACGUAGGAGGAGUCACCCUGACUCGUGACCCCGUGCUCUCGCCGUGCCGGCUGCGCGAGCGCGUGCAGAGGACAGGCGGCAGAGCGAGAGCUCAGACAAACACGGGCGACCUAAAAGUGGCACAGGUGGUCCAGAGGGGGGGGGGGAAGGUCCAGAACAAGGCUCGUCCUCAGUCAAAGAGGUGUUAAUAUGCUGCAGAAGGCAGAGGUCCCAAUGUGUGUCGCCUGUUAGAGUUCAUAGAGAAAUGUGUGGAGCCGUAAAACUGGGUUACAGUCUACAGCACUGGGCAUAAUUCUUGAGUCAUCCAUCAUUUCUUUGCAUUUUGCCUCCGUUGAACCAGACUUUGAAGCUUUGUAUUCGUCUUUAAGCAAUGUCUCAUCAGACAACUGAAAAUCUUUCUUUGGACUUUGGCCGCUUUGUGCACAACAAAAAAACAAAAUUGGUCAUGCAAUAAAACACUUAAGGGAUACUGCGCUCUUUCGAGAAGCGUAGUCUGCAUUCAGGGGUUUUCCAACGUUAAUACCAAAUGCCAUGUUUUUUUAAUUGAUCUUCUCAAACAUUUUUAAACAGAGAUACAAGAAGUCGUGAAUUUCUUGAUUUGUAGUGUUGUCUUAAAAACUGAAAAAUCCUAUGAGCAGUGCUUUAUUAACUUGAAGUUGCAGUUUUAUCAGUUAAGUUUUUAUCCAGAGGUUCGUAUUUCCUAGAUUGAAGUAGAAAAAAAAGCGACAAAAAUGUUCAGAAAAAAUCAGAAUGUCAAGUUGGAGAUUUCCCACCAAUCCCAACCUCAAAAUCCCACGUGGCCUCCAAUAUGACUGUCUUGCAAAUAAAACUUUGUUUUGCCUGAUCACUGAUCACUGACCGUUCAGCUAAUCUUACAGAUUCCCCAAUUUAGAACUAAAACACAGUUGAGUUUAGUUUGAUGUUCCCAGGUAGAGGUUUUUGACUUCACAUCUACAUCAGUCGUCACUAGCGCUUUGCUGCUGGUCCACUGUCAGCCUCUACAUACUGGGAGUUCUUGAAAUGUUCUCCAUUGCAUGUUUCUUUUACAAUAAGUUUUUAAUAAUGUUCCUGAGGUGCUUGAUUCAUGAAUCUAACUUACUUUGGGUGCCUGUUGGCUGUAAGUCACAGAUAAUUUGUUCAUAUUUUCCUUUGUAACAUUUAACACAAACAUGAUUGGGACUAAAAGUCGCACAAUUACCUGGGCUAGAUUUGAUCCUCGUUUAAAAACCAAGGAUUUGGGCACUCAGUUAUGAAAAUGUAAUGAGUAGAUGACAUGCAUCAAGCCUGGAUUUUUCUUCUUUUUUUGAAAACAAACAAUGCACAAACAUGCAGCCAUGGCCAGUAAUAAAGAUUGGACAUAAAAUGAGUGAAAUAGCAGCCAACGUCCAAGGAGAAAGUUUGAAAGCGCUUUGAGGCUUGGAAAACUGUUGAGCAAGUGAAAUAUUACAAGAAGGUUUCAACCUGUAGGCAAAACAAAAAGCCGUUUGUCUAAGACUCCAGCUCCGUUUCACAUUUUCAAUGUGUUAGAUUAGUAAGGAACUGGGCUGUUUUUAUUUCAUUUAAAUUAUCCAACUAGUUACCCAACUUGUUUGUGAUUUAAUAGUCAACCUAGAAAAAAAAAUCUAUUGCUUUUUUAAAGUAUAUAUACAUAGCAUAGAAAAGGAAUAAGAUUUUCUUUGAUUUACAUCUGAUAUCUUGCUUGGUGUGAGUGUGCAAUCUUGGUAUAAAGCAAAAAGCUGUUUUGUCAUUUUUAAUCCAAAAGUCACAGAAACAAGAAAAUGACUAAUCUCCAACAUGGGAACAGAGUCUGACUCCUCAUGUUGGACAAAGCUGUAUGCGUGGAUAAAGUGCUGUUCCCUUUUCGUCAGCUGAAGCAACGGUUCUCCAAACAGCCAAAUCAUCGCUUCCCUUCAACAAAUUCUACAAAAAAAAGCACAAAUUGCGCACGAGCAAUACACCUUCACAUCAUACUCAGGGUCACCUGAUGCUCUCACACACACACACACACACACACACACAGACGUAUGCAAACGGACACAAACAAGCACACUUGCAAUCAAAUGUAAAUAUGUCAGCUUUUAAAAACCAAGCACACAUAAAUGAUGUGAUAUCCUCGGCUCUGUGGAUUGUAUAAGUGCGUGGACUUUGUUCCUGAGGAUUUGAGCCAUGUAUAGCGAAGAAAAUGCAUCCCCACCUGCUCUGUUUUUAUUAUCAUGGUGCUUUAUGAGGGGCGGUGUGUAGCGCUGUACAUAACAGGUCACGGCUGGGAGGGAACGGGGAGGCGUUCAGGCUUUCUAACGACACACGAGAGCUUUCGGAUGCUGCAAAAAUGUUCAGUAGUUUAGCUGCUCUGAGAGCCUUCUCUCCUAGGUUCUGUUCGGAGCUCAUUUUGCAGUUUUUGUCAUACUUAAGAAGGUAACAAAUUAAAGUUGUUGAUGAAGAGAAAUCUUUGGGAAAAUGAUUUAUUUGUUCUCCGGGACAGGUUUAAUCGACACACCAAAGACUUUGAAUGCCUUUGUUGCACAAAUCGGAUCAGUCUGCAUGUCUAUGAGCCAUAUGUACGAUAUGGAGGUGUGUGCACUACACGAUGUGCAAAAGGUCUGGAAAUGAUGCAGUAUGAACCCACUGAGGAUAAGAAAUGCCUAGUUAUCUAAUUAAAAAAAAAAAACUCCCAUAUAAAGCCUCUGAAGGAAAACAAUUUGUUGCUUUAAAAGGGAU